AUGACGAACGAAAAUGAAAGUAGAUUUUCACCAGUGAAGAAGCAUGGGAAUGUAAAAGAGCUGAAUAAAAGUGGAAAUUUAACAGGAAGUGAAAGACAAAUCAAAGAUGGUGUAGCAGAUGUGUACAAUCUUAUUCAAAAAUGGAAGAAUGCUAACUCAGAUGGAAUGCAAAUUAUUGACACCAUAGCUAAUAUUAAGCUGCAACAUGUUUAUAAAGAGAAUAAAUAUGACAACAUACCAAAUGCCAGUAUACCUGAAGAAUUAGAAUCACAAUGUACAUUACUACUGAGUAUUAUUCAGAAAAUGGAAAAAAUUGUGAAGAAAUUGGUAGUAACAUCGGCUAUGUUUGUGGGUGUGAUGAAACUUCAACAGCAUCUCACUGAUGAUUUGGUUUUGUUUCAAACCUGGACUCCUGAUAUAUUUGUUUCUACAGUAAGAGAACUGACAGAAAUGUAUAGAGAGGAAUAUAAACUGAAACAACUGGUUUACAAGAACAUUUGUCAUGCAAAAGAUCGUAAUACAAUGAUGUUUUACACAUCGUCAUGGUUACAUCAACCUUAUGUAACAGAUAAAAGUCAUGUUUUAUUAGAAAGCAUGCUGUUAGAAACUGGACAUAAAUUAAAUUGAAAUAUUUAUUGCACACACCUCAAAAUUUAAUAUUUAUGAUAUUUUGUUUACACUUAUUUGUUAAUAGCUGCCUAUAAAACAUUGUACCAUUGUUUAAAGCUUUCACCAUGAUUUAUUGAUGCAUGCAAUUACAUGUAAUCAUUUUA